UUGAAAUGGAAAGGCUUGGGGGGACGAGCGAGGAAGAUGACAUGGAGAUGGAUUUGGAGGUAAAGGAGGAGGACGACGAUGACGAGAGGAGCCGAACGUUAGUUGCGGCGGAGGAGAUGGGAGGUGGGUUCUUCGAAGAGGAGGCCGCUUCCAGUGAGCAGAUCCAUAUACAUGGGAUGGGGGGUAGAAGGAGCCGGCCUAAAGAGGAAAAGGAGCGGACGAAGCUGUGGGAGCGGCAUCGGCGAGCAAUCACGGCGAGGAUUCUGGCUGGUCUGCGGCGACACAACAACUAUAACCUCCGUGUUCGCGCUGACAUCAAUGAUGUCAUCGCCGCCCUUGCCCGGGAAGCCGUCGAUGGAGAAAAGUCGAACGGCCACGAGUGGAACCGAAGAAGCACGCGAAAUGGAGAAGGUUAUCUCCUAAGCGAGCGGGAUCCCGUUUUUUCUUCCGAUCACGAGAAAAUACCGAGCAAAUACCGAGCAAUACCGAGCAAAUAUACCGAGAAAAUAUCGAGUAGUACCUAG